GCAUGGUGUUCUUAGAGAAACAGACAUUGACAUGUUACUCAAAGUUACUCAAAGAGCAGUAACAUUUGCUGAGAAACCACCAAAUUCAAAUAUGUUCCACAUGUGCCAUAGAAAUAUUCCUGGCUUCGAGUUGUGAAGACGAUGGUGGAAUCAGCAGCCAGUCGCGGUCCAGACUGUGGGUCCGUCUGCAACGAGUCUGCAGCUCUGGAGGGCCAAGGGCCACCGGUCUUGGUUGACGCCUGGCUGGUCCCCACCUUCUUCAGUCUCAUCAUGCUGGUCGGCCUGGUUGGGAACUCGCUGGUCAUCCAUGUGGUCACCAAGCACCAGCAGAUGAAGACGGUCACCAACUUUUACAUAGUAAACCUGGCUACUACUGAUAUCUUGUUUCUGGUCUGCUGCGUGCCCUUCACUGCCACACUGUACCCACUGCCCAGCUGGAUCUUUGGAGAGUUUAUGUGCCGACUGGUGAACUAUCUUCAGCAAGUGACGGCUCAAGCUACAUGUAUCACUCUGUCAGCUAUGAGUGUGGACCGCUGCUAUGUGACUGUCUAUCCUCUGCAGUCUCUGCGACACCGAACCCCACGCAUGGCUCUGGCCAUCUCUGUGUCCAUCUGGAUAGGCUCUUUGCUUCUGUCGAUCCCUGUAGCCGUCUACCAGCGUCUGGAGGCAGGAUACUGGUUUGGGCCCCAGACAUACUGCAGUGAGGUCUUCCCCUCGGCCCGCCUCCAGAGAGCCUUCAUCAUCUACAGCUUCCUGGCUGUCUACCUGCUGCCCCUGCUCACCAUCACCGCCUGUUACACCUUCAUGCUCAAGCGCAUAGGGCAGCCCAGCGUGAAUCCCAUCGACAGCAGCUACCAACUUCAGGCUCAGGCAGAGAGAGCAGCAGCAGUGCGGGCGCGGGUCUCCCGGAUGGUGGUGGUGAUGGUAGCUCUGUUCCUCAUCUGCUGGGGCCCCAUCCAGGUCUGCAUCCUCCUGCAGGCUUUUGGCCUCCGCAGUUACGUUCUAUACAAGCUGAAGAUUUGGGGUCAGUGCAUGUCUUACUCCAACUCCUCCAUCAACCCGCUGGUUUACGCCUUCAUGGGAAAUAACUUCAGAAAGGCCUUCAAGCACGCCUUCCCUGCCAUAUUUCUGUGGCGCACGAGGGGGAGAGUGAGGGUGGGAAACAUGGAUGCAGAGGAAGGGGGAGAGAUGGAUCGCCAGGCACCCAAAGGAGAAGCAGAGAUGCACUUUCUUUCAUCUGGAUCCUAAAGGCCACGCUUGGCAUUCGGACACUGUGCACUCAUUGUUUAUUUAUUGUUUGUUCUGGAGAUGAGAGCAGCCGGCUCGCCCUCUGUGCAUGGACAUACACACACACACACACACACAUACACACAAUGUGGGCUCCAUCUAAAAAGUAUUGGCAACACCAGUAAGUGACAGGUUUAAAACACACACACACACACACACACAGUAGCGUACCAUGUGAUCUCCUAAAAAGGACAAACUAGCCUGACGCCUCUCGUGAUCUUCACAAGCUGCUGAAAUACAAUUAUCUUUGUCACAUUUUUCUUGCUUAGCUGGACUGAUGCAACCAAUUCCCUGGAUGUCAAAAUGUUUGAGCUGCUGGUUUUAUCUUCUUCACAAUUUCUCAAGGAGGGGAAGAAAAUGGUGUUGGACAACAACUGCAACUGUUAUUGACUGCAUCGUUUAUGGACAGAAGCCCUGUUUCAUUUAAACGUGCUACUGUAAGGAGCCUGGUUAAACACUUGC